UUUCUUUGUUCUUCUCUUCUUUUUCUUUUUUUUUUUUUUAAUCAAAAAUCGUGCUUUUCUCUUUGUAUAUUAAUAAUUAGUGCCGAUAGUGUAUUGUGGAUAUAUUGAUAAUAUAGUUUUAUAUAUUUUGUUUUUAUAUAAAAGCAAAAAAAAAAAAAAACAAAAAAAAAACAAGAAAAUAAUAAGAAGAAAAAAUAUCGGGAAUGAAAAAAAGGAAUGUGUGGAAAAGAAAGAAAAUUGACUUAAAAUUGUUUUCAAAGUCAUUUACAUUUGUUUAUUAUACUUGAAAAGAAAUUUUGUACGAGGAAAAAUAUUAUCAUUUUCCCCCCCUCUUUUCGUUUUUGGUAAUUUUAACACUUAUUAACCCCCCAAGCCCCCCACUUCUGCCCUUUCAACAAAUUUCUUUUCACCAACUUCCAGUUGUGAAAAGAAAUUUACAACUUGUAGUUUAUCUUAAAGACUAACAUUGUUUGGAAUAAAAAUUCAUCAGUGUCAGAAAAUAUCCAAGAUACACGAGUUAUGACUGAUGUCAAUGGCCUAAAAUCUAAAGAAAAACCGGAAGUUCAAAAAAUUCUUGCCAAUCAUGAUGUUAUGUACGUACAUGGAUUCAAGGAGAGUGUUGUGUCAACUCUUCUCAUUUAUUUGACCUAUAUUAUCACUGGUGGAUUAUUAAGACUGAUUUUUCACUGGUAUCCGUAUUUUCAACUUUAUGCUACACACAAAAAAUGUCCAUUGAAUGAAGCCACGAAACUUCUUAUUAUUAGUAAUUAUCAAGAAAAGCACAAGACAUAUUUUGUCAAAAAUGUGCUGACAAUAUCGACAAAAAAUUUAGGAAAAAAUUCAGUUGCAAAAUUAUUAAAUACUGAUGAUCGGAAAUUAAUAAAAAAUAUCGAGGGAAAAAAAUUGAAUUUUCACUUAGAUAAUGGUUCACAUAAAAAUAUUAUAGAAUAUAAAGCAUUUUGGUACAAGAAACAAUGUUUUAUAUGGGACGAAGAAACAUGUCAAUUCUCCAAAUUAAUUGGCCUCGAAAAAUAUGUCCAAAAUUCAGAACUUCAUCUUGGUAAUAAACAGGGAUUAUCAAAAGAUGAACAACUAUUGAGGAGAAUUACCUAUGGCUACAAUGAAAUAAUUGUACCCGUCACUAGUAUUGGUGUUCUAAUUGUUUUGGAAAUUUUAAAUCCAUUUUAUAUUUUCCAAAUUUUCACUCUGAUUUUGUGGUUCUCGUCAUUUUAUUAUUAUUACGCCACUGCUAUUGUUUUUAUGUCAAUUGGAGGAAUUACGACAUCAGUUAUCGAAACUCGGAAGAACCAAAUAAAUCUACGUAAUACUGUCGCUUCUACGGAGACUGUUCGUGUUUUACGUGAAAAUGGGGAAUUUGAAAGUGUUUCUAGUGCAGAAUUGGUACCAGGUGACGUCAUAGAACUCCCAAGAUUUCAGGGCUUGGUCGUUUGUGACGCAGUUUUACUAACUGGCAAUUGUAUCGUCAAUGAAUCGAUGCUCACAGGUGAAUCAGUGCCAGUUACAAAAACUCCAUUGCCACAUGAUCAUACAUUUUAUAAUUCUAAAGAUUGUGCUCAUCAUACACUUUACUCAGGAACACUUAUCAUUCAAACAAGAUAUUAUAGAGAUAAACCUGUAUUAGCUAGAGUAAUUAGAACUGGUCUGCAAACAAGUAAAGGCAGUUUAGUUGCUGCAAUUCUCUAUCCACCGCCAGCCGAUUUUAAAUUUGAUCAGGAUUCAUAUAAAUUCAUUGGAAUUCUUUCAAUUAUCGCAGCACUUGGUUCUAUUUACGCAUUAGUCAGUAAGAUAUCAAGAGGAUUUUCAGCAUGGGUAACAGCGGUAAAAUCACUAGAUUUAAUAACAAUAGUAAUUCCCCCUGCUCUGCCAGCAGCGAUGACAGUUGGAAAAAUUUAUGCCCAAUCGAGAUUAAAAAAGCGACAAAUUUAUUGUAUCAAUAAUCGAGUUAUAAAUGUUGCCGGAAGUAUUAAUUGUGCCUGCUUCGAUAAGACCGGAACUCUUACCGAAGAUGGAUUAGAUAUGUGGGGUGUGGUUCCAAGUGUAAAUAAUGAAUUUGAAGAGGUUGAGAAAAAUGUACCAAAGUUGAUGAAUCAUCAUAUUUUUCAAGGAAUGCUGGUAUGCCAUAGCUUGACGCUAAUUGAAGGCGAACUUUGUGGUGAUCCUUUAGAUGUUAAGAUGUUUGAAAGUACCGGAUGGACUUUAGAGGAGCCAGAAGUUGAGGACACUAGUAAAUACGAUCUUCUGGCGCCUACAAUAGUGAAACCACCGGAAUGCGCAAAUUUCACUGAAUUUACAAAUAAUGAAAUUGCCGAAAUUGGAAUAAUUAAUCAGUAUCAAUUUUCUAGUUCUCUGCAACGUAUGUCUGUGAUAGUUAGAAUUUUAGGUUCGAAAAAUUUUAAAGUUUAUACAAAGGGCUCACCGGAAAUGAUUCUUAGUCUCAGUCGUCCCGAAACUGUGCCCAAGGGAAUAAUGGAUGAUUUGAAGAAAUACACUGAACAAGGAUAUCGUGUCAUUGCAAUUGGAUCUGCAACUCUCGACUAUUCUUACGCGAAAAUACAACGAUUGUCGAGGGAAAUGGUCGAGAAAGAUCUGGAAUUCCUCGGAUUCGUGAUUUUUGAUAAUCGAUUAAAGGAGCCGACAAUUGGGGUUAUAAAGAGUUUGAGAGACGCGAAUAUUCAUGUGCUGAUGAUUACAGGUGACAAUAUUCAAACGGCGGUCAGUGUUGCUAAAGAAUGCGGAAUUGUCUCACACGAUGAGACAGUAAUUAAUGUCACUGCAGUACCUGGCGAUGAGAAAUCACCACCAAAAAUAUUUUUCAACGCUCAAUGGCUUCCGGUCAAACUUAGUCAAAUGGAGGAGUCGAUAAAGAAGGCGUUUGAGAGUGUCGAGAAAAAAGUGCAAAUAGAGAAAAAUUAUAGAUUUGCCUUGACUGGUCAAACAUGGCAAUUAAUAAAUGAAUAUUAUCCGGAAAUUUUGCCAAAAAUUUGCGUUAGAGGCGCAGUAUUUGCACGAAUGACAAGUGAUCAAAAACAACAAUUAGUCGUUCAAUUAAUGCAACUUGGAUAUUAUGCAGUCAUGUGUGGAGAUGGCGCCAAUGAUUGUGGUGCGUUGAAAGCCGCACACGUAGGGAUUUCCCUAUCGGAAGCAGAAUCAAGUAUUGCGAGUCCAUUCACGUCACGAAUACCAGACAUCACAUGCGUACCAACAGUGAUACAACAAGGACGCGCCGCUCUAGUCACAUCAUUUGGAAUUUUCAAAUUUAUGGUCACCUAUUCACUCACUGAAUUUCUCUCAGCAAUUAUUCUCUAUUCAAUUGAUUCGAAUGUCACUGAUUUACAAUUUCUCUUCAUCGACAUUUGUCUUAUUGUGAAUUUUGCCUUUUUCUUUGGUAAAACACAAGCGUUCGAGGGGAAAUUAUCAAAGAAAGCACCAAUGACAAGUCUCUUAAGUUUUACCCCAUUAUUUUCAUUGGCACUGCAAAUGUUAAUUAACAUUUGCUUUCAAGUCGCUGCAUUUCAUGGUGUUAAACAAUUUUCCUGGUAUGUGCCUUUCAAAAAUUCCGAGGCACUAAAUUACGCAUGCUGGGAGAAUUACUCCGUAUUUUGUGUCUCAAUGUUUCAAUAUAUAACAAUGGCGAUUAUAUUUUCACGUGGAAAACCAUAUCGUAAGGCGAUUUAUACAAAUCGUUUGUUUACGCUCUCAAUUUUAUUUAUGACAAUUGUGAGUGUUUAUAUAACAAUGUAUCCUGCCGAAUGGAUUAUAAAUGCCUUGCAACUUAUCUUGCCGCCUGAUUAUGAUUGGAGGGCGAUUAUUCUAGUAAUGGCUUUAAUCAAUUUUUUCCUCUGCUUCACUUUGGAGAAAUUUCUUGUUGAAUUUCUCAUUGAGAAACGUCUGAAGAGGAAAUUUCAUCGAAUCGAGAAUUCAAGGAAAAGAUAUUUGCAGAUUGAAGAAAAUCUACGUGAAAAUGAAAAAUGGCCAAUAUUGAGUAAAGAACUUCCAAUUUUAUCAAUUAAUCAAUCAAACGGAGGGAUUUCAACGGAUGAGAAAACUUUGCUCACGGAAAAAUCAUCGAAUUCAAAUAAUAAACAAUACUCAUCGAUAAAUGAAAUUAAUCAAGAGAAAAGUGGAAUUGAAAAUCUCGCCUUUUUCGUUGACGAGGUGACAAACUCUGAAAAUAUGAUUACUAAAUUUUAAUUUUAUCAUAUAUAUAUGUGUAUAUGAUUUUACUUAUCUAUUUAAAAA